AUGCAUCAAACCGGAUGUCUUCUUGUCGCUGCUUGUAUCUGGACAGCGGUCUUCGCCUUCAUUCCUUAUGAAUUCAAUCUCGAUCUUCCGGCCGCAAAACACACCCCGUCUCGUCGCUUUUUGCCCUGGGAAUCACUGAGCGAUGCACUUGCCAAAAGCCAAGGCCAGACCAAAACCGAUGAGCCCAUAACGCUGGAUGUGAAGAGAGCCCCUGUCCGUCGCAGCAAUGACUUCGAUAUCGUCCUAUCCAAGACGCCCUCCUGGCCCAAUACCGCUGCUCUCGACCAGAACGGCAAUGACCUGACUUAUUUCGCAGUGGUCAAGAUUGGUUCCGAAGCGCAGGAAUUCUAUCUGAUGCUAGACACGGGUGGCACGAAUUCGUGGGUCUUCAGCUCCGACUGCACCACCAAAGCCUGCAGCAUGCACGACACCUUUGAUGCAACGAGCUCUUCGAGUAUCAAUGUGACCACAACCGAGUGGAGUGUCGGCUACGGCUCCGGGUCCGCGAGCGGCGUACUGGCCACGGACAACGUGACGAUUGCAGACGUGGAGGUGCAAUUCACGUUUGGGCUGGCCACCAACGCCUCGAACAACUUCGAAUCAUACGCCAUGGACGGGAUCCUGGGCUUCGGCCGCUCCAACGACACUGCAUACAACACUGCCACCUUCAUGGACGCUGUGGCAAACCAGAAAAACUUCGAUUCCAACGUUGUUGGCUUCGCUCUCUCGCGAACCAAGAGCGGCGAGAAGGAUGGCACCGUCACGAUCGGGGGAGUGGACGAGGACAAGUACACCGGCGACAUCUCGUACACGGACACUGUGACUGGAUCGGGGAACUAUUGGCGCAUCCCAGUCGACGAUGUCUACGUCAACGGUGAUGCCUGUGACUUUACCAAGAAAUCUGCCAUCAUCGACACGGGAACAUCGUACGCCAUGCUCCCUUCCAAGGAUGCGAAGACGCUGCACGCGCUCAUCCCGGACGCCACCGCCUACGGCGACUAUUUCCUGCUUCCGUGCAACUCGACUGCCGAGGUCCAAGUGGCCUUCUCCGGGGUCAACUACACCAUCUCGCCGGAGGACUACAUCGGCUCCGAGUACAACUCCAGCUGCAUCUCCACGAUUGUCAGCUACGACCUGUUUGGAGAUAACAUCUGGCUUCUGGGUGAUGUCUUCCUGAAGAACGUCUAUACCGUGUUCGACUUUGACGCGGCGCGGGUUGGUCUGGCGGUCCGUGCCUACAACAAGAACACCACAUCAUCCAGCUCAAGCAAGACCAACAGUUCAUCCUCUGGCUCGUCCACCGAGUCUACUGCAUCUUCCAGCUCGAUCAAUUCCACUGGCGUGGUUGCUAGCGCCGCAACAACCCAAUCGGGCUCCAGAUACUACCUGCCUGCGCUUGUGGUCGUCUUAUGCACUGUUCUGCUGUAG